AUGGACAACUCAUGCAAAAGUGAGUUUAAAGAGCUGAACUUGGCAGCCAAGAUAAUUUUGUCAUCAUGGUAUGGCCUUGCAGGUUUAGCGGCCAUUAUUGGUAACGCGAUUGUGUUGUGGUUGGUCGCUCGAAAUGAGUCUCUCAGAACAAUUUCCAACUUGUUCCUCGCUUCUUUGGCAGCCGCAGACUUUGUAGUAGGACUUGUAAUAGAUCCAGUCUGGAUUUUCACCAGAUGUGUGGGAUAUGAUGCAAAUAGUCACGUGCAGACGUAUGGUGAAGUUAUCGAUUAUCUCUGGAUCCACACAACAGUGGCCACCACGUUCAACUUAUGCUGUGUUACUAUGGACAGGUAUCUGGCGAUCCUCUAUCCUCUCCGCUACCAAGAUAUUCUCACCAAAAGGAGAUGUUACAUACUCAUUGUCACUAUUUGGUUCAUUUCUUUCAUUCUCCCGUGCUCCAGGUUCUUUGUCAAGGAUGGUUCAGUGUCACUGUGGUUAUCAUUUACAAUCAUCACAGUUCUAAUUCCCAUGAUGAUCAUCAUAUUUUGUUCUGUCAGAAUAUUGAAAGCAGCCGCAGAACAGUCGAAAAAAAUUAGAAAUAACUACACAGUGCAGAGUCAAGAGGCUCUGAGAAGAGGAAGGAGAAACUCAAAGGCGGCUUUGACAAUUGGCAUUGUGGUGGGACUCUUUGUUGUCUGCUGGUUACCAAGUCUAAUCACAUCUUUGGUGAAUUAUUUUACCCCGCAUCACUGUGGCCUGACCAGACAGUUGUUAUACUACACAGUGUGGUUAUCAGUGGAAGCUCUUGCUUUUACUUCGUCAGGAAUUAACCCGUGGGUGUAUUGUUUACGAUAUGACGAAUUCUACAAAGCUCUUACUCGUACUUUUCCUUGCGUUAAAAGACGCAAUUUAGAAGAAGCUCUUUCUCAUCUGAGAGAGAGAAAGCAGAGCGACAUGUAA